AUGUCUACUCCUAUUCCUGGCCCGGCAGGCUGGCCCUUCCUAGGAAAUGUUAGCGAUAUCGACCCCGAGGUUCCCAUCAAGUCGUUGAUGGACAUUGCCGACAAAUAUGGGCCUAUCUACAGUCUUUCAAUGCUUGGAAAACGUCGAGUGAUAAUCUCCUCUGUCGAGUUGAUGAACGAGAUUUGUGACGAGAAGAGAUUUGGCAAGGUAGUCACCGCCGCUCUGGGAGAAGUCAGAAAUCUGACUGGAGAUGGUCUCUUCACCGCAGUUGCUCAUCGUGUUCUGGUGCCUGCUUUUGGACCGCUUAACAUUCGUGCCAUGUUCGACGACAUGAAGGACGUGGCGUCUCAACUAGUCAUGAAAUGGGCGCGCCAUGGAGAGGACUACAAGAUCCAUGUUACGGACGACUUCACGCGAUUGACCUUGGAUACGCUUGCACUCUGCUCCAUGGACUAUCGAUUCAACUCAUUCUACGCGGAACAAAUGCAUCCUUUCGUGGACGCCAUGGUCAACGUACUCUCCGAAUCUGGUCAGAGAAUCCGAAGACCUGGUUUCUUGGCCGCACUAUACCGGAGAGAAGAAUAUCAAUACUGGAAAGAUAUCAAGUACCUGCGAGAACUGAGUAUGGAACUGGUCCAGAAUCGCAAGAAGCACCCUGGAGGUAGAAAAGACCUUCUUCAUGCUAUGCUUCACGGCAAGGAUCCACGAGAUGGAAGUCAACUGUCCGAUGAAAGUAUCACGGACAACAUGAUUACUUUCCUCAUCGCUGGCCACGAAACUACCUCCGGUCUUCUCUCCUUCCUCUUUUAUUAUCUUUUGAAGAACCCUUCGGCAUACAAAAAGGCACAAGAAGAGGUUGAUUCUGUCAUUGGUGAUGCAAGUAUCAAAGUGGAGCACUUGAGUAAGCUCCCAUACAUCAACGCAGUUUUGCGUGAGACUCUUCGACUACAGCCCACUGCUCCAGCCUUCUCGAUCCAGCCGAACAACGAAGUCGACACCAUUGGUGGAGAGUAUACCGUAUUCAGAGGUGAGCCGAUUGUUGCGGUCCUGCCAAAGAUUCACCGCGAUCCCGCAGUAUACGGAGAGGACGCCAAUGAGUUCAAACCCGAAAGAAUGCUUGACGAGAACUUUAACAAACUUCCUCCCAACGCCUGGAAACCCUUUGGUAAUGGUUCUCGUGCUUGCAUUGGUCGUCCAUUUGCAUGGCAAGAGGCUCAACUCGUGGUUGCAAUGCUACUCCAGUACUUCGACUUCACUCUAGACGACGCAAAGUACGACUUACAAAUUAAGUCGACACUUACCAUCAAGCCAAACCACCUCUACAUGCACGCUCAACUCCGCCACGGCAGGACUCCUACUCAGCUCGAGCAGAUCCUUUCCUCUAAUGGGGCUCCUGUCCAGGCAAAGCAAGUCAGCAGAUCUGACGAUGAAAAGGCACGAGUCGCUGCGAGUGACGGCAAGGGAAGACCUUUGACCAUUCUCUAUGGAUCCAACACAGGUACCUGUCAGGCUUUUGCUCAAGGUCUCGCAGCCGACGCACCGUCUCAUGGAUUCAAGGUCACCAAGAUUGAUACUCUUGACUCUGCCAAGGACAACUUGCCUACAGACCAGCCAAUUGCAAUCAUCACCUGCUCAUAUGAAGGUGAACCGGCAGACAAUGCGGCCCACUUCUUCCAUUGGCUUAAAACGCUUGAAGGGGACUCUGCUAAGGUACAAUAUACUGUUUUCGGCGCUGGUCACAGUGAUUGGAAGAACACUUUCCACAAGAUCCCUACAGCCAUCGACGAGAUUCUUCUGGCACGUGGUGGAGAGCGCAUCUGCAGUCGAGGCUCGGCCAAUGCUGCCAACGGCGACAUGUUCAGCGAAUUUGAGAAGUGGGAAGACGAGGUCUUCUGGCCUGCCAUGUCGAAGAAGUAUGGAGGUGAUGGCAAUGCAACGGACUCGGCAGCAACUCAAAGUCUAACAGUCGAGGUCUCAAGCGUUCGCUCUUCGCACUUGCGUGCCGAUGUGUAUGAGGCCCGUGUCGUUGAUGCAAAGCUUCUCUCACAGCCUGGUGCAUCAGAGAAGAGACACAUCGAGGUUGAGCUACCGGCUUCCGCGACCUACAGCAGUGGCGAUUAUCUCCAUGUGCUCCCUAUGAACCCACACGAAAGCGUCCAGCGCGUUAUGCGUCGCUUCAAUCUAGCCUGGGACAGCGUGCUGACCAUCAAGGCCGCGGUAGGCACGAUCCUGCCUACGAACACUCCCAUUUCUGCCAACGACUUAUUCGGCGCCUAUGUCGAACUUGGACAGCCUGCAACCAAACGAAAUGUGACACUUCUCUUGGAUGCUUGCACAGAUGAUGAGACGAAAAAGGAGCUCACUCGUCUUUCUGGUGAUGCUUUCAGCACCGAAAUCAGUGAGAAGAGGGUCUCGCUCUUGGACCUUCUCAACAGAUUCCCGUCAGUACAGUUGCCCCUGGGUGCUUUCAUCAGCAGUCUGCCNCCCAUGCGUACCAGAUCUUACUCCAUCUCUUCUUCGAGUUUGGUCAGCCCUCACCGCGUCACUCUGACUUACGCCGUGUUGCAUCAAUCACAUAUGAGCGGCAUGGGCGAAUAUGUUGGUGUAGCUAGCAACUACCUCUCGAAGUUGGCUACAGGCGACAGGUUGCACGUCGCUGUGCGUCCUUCCAAUCAAGCUUUCCACCUGCCCACUGACUACGAAAACACACCUAUCAUUAUGAUCUGUGCCGGCACUGGUGUGGCGCCUUUCCGUGGCUUCGUACAGGAGAGAGCAGCUCAGGUGGAAGCCGGUCGCAAGCUUGCGCCCGCUCUGCUCGUCGUCGGCUGCAGAAGCCCUGACCAGGAUGAGCUGUACCGCGAGGACUUUGACAAGUGGGAAGCUACAGGCGCUGUCAAGAUCUUGCGUGCUUACAGCAGAGUGCCUGAGGCUAGUGCAAAGUACGCACAGGACGCUUUGUGGGAGCACCGCAAGGAGGCUCUCGAGCUGUGGGAUGCCGGCAGCAGAGUUUACGUCUGCGGCAGCCGUGGUCUCGAGCGUAGCGUGCAACAGGUGUGCCAGAAGAUCUACAUGGAGCGGGCUCAGGAGCUUGGAAAGGACAAGACGGAGAAAGAGGCUGAGGAGUGGUUCGAAGGUAUCCGCAACGUGAGAUUCGCGACGGAUGUCUUUACCUAA